AAAGAGCCAUACAUAGCCAUAGUGGCCAUAGCCCGUAGCUCGUUACUUUACUGUGCUGGCCGUGUUGGCUGCAAGAUGUGCAUUCGUGGGUGUUCGCCGGCGAAGGCGAUAUUUUUGUUUGAAGCCUGAACUAGUUUAACAGAGUAUUCGUCAUGUCUACAAUAAUCAUCCUAAGCCUUAACGGCAUCAUGUCAUUUCUUGCCUACCUAGUCACGCUGCGGCUCAUACCGCGUUUCAAAGACAUGUUUGUCGGUGCUGGAUUAUGCGGUGUUGAUAUGAGUAAAUCAUCCAAAACCAAAGUACCCGAAUCUAUUGGAGUGAUUUCGGCAACAGUGUUCCUGAUAACAACGUUCCUCUUCAUCCCAGUUCCAUUCUUCAAUUACCUAACAGAUGCUUCCAAUUUCCCUCACAGUGACUUCGUGGAGCUGCUGGCAGCCCUGCUGUCCAUCUGCUGCAUGCUGCUGCUGGGCUUUGCCGACGACGUGUUGGACCUCAAGUGGCGCGACAAGCUGCUGCUGCCCACACUGGCCUCCUUGCCACUGCUCGUGGUCUACUACGUUACCUUUAACAACACCACCAUCAUAGUGCCCAAGCCUGCUCGCUUCCUGCUGGGGAACGAUCUCUGGCUCGGUCCCCUCUACUACCUUUACAUGGGUAUGCUUGCAGUUUUUUGCACAAAUGCAAUCAACAUUCUUGCCGGGAUCAACGGACUUGAGGCUGGCCAGUCUGCUGUUAUUGCGGCAUCCAUCAUUGUCUUCAACCUGGUUGAGUUGUUUGGAGACUGCUGGAAGAACCACCUCUUCUCCCUGUACCUGAUGCCACCAUUUCUCAGUACUACUCUUGCACUGCUGAGGUACAACUGGUACCCGUCGAGCGUGUUUGUCGGGGACACCUUCUGCUACUUUGCGGGCAUGACCUUUGCUGUUGUGGGCAUCCUGGGCCACUUCAGCAAGACCAUGAUACUGUUCUUCAUCCCACAAGUGUUCAACUUCCUGUACAGUGUGCCCCAGCUGUUCCAUUUUGUGCCCUGCCCAAGGCACAGGCUACCAAGGUACAAUGCGGGGGAGGACAAGAUGGAGGUGAGCACAGUCCGGUUCCGGCUGUCCUCCCUGGGCCCCCUGGGGCUGCUCAUAGUGCGGGUCUACCGCUGCCUGGGCCUCGUCAGCUACGCCGAGGUGCCGGGCCCUCACAAGGAUGAGGUGGAGUGCAGUAACUUCACCCUCAUCAACUUCGUGCUCGUGCUCACGGGCAGGUUGCACGAGAGGAGGCUCACCACCAUCCUGCUCCUCAUUCAGGUUGCAUCCAGUUUCUUGGCAUUUGGAAUCCGGUACGGUGUUGCGCGGCUCUUUUACGACUUUUAAGAGUACAUUUUAUAUGGUGCGCAAUUAAAGUUUUUGUUUACUCGUUUGGAACAUGGCCA